UAUAUGAAAAUAAAUAACUUCGUAAAGUCAAGCUAUAAAAAGGUCAUCAAAAUAAAUUUAAUUGCGCAUAUGGUGAAAACUCCGCUAGGUGUAAAGAUGAAAUUAUUCACAAUCGUUUUGCUUAUUGCAUUCGCCGUGGUCUUCGUGGAAGCACGAAAUCUGCAGGCGCCAACAAAGUUUGUAGGAUAUGAUUUUAAAAAACCGAAUGGAUUCGGAAAACUUCCAGUGGGUGGAACUUCAAAACACUUUGGAGGUAAUAAUAAAGUUCGCCAAGUGCAAGACGCUCCAGAACAUGGCGGACAUCCACUGUCACCAAGAAAACCAGCUGCUUCAUCGUCAACUGCCGCACCGUCAACUGCCACACCCGCAAUUAUUACUAGGGCCUCACCAUCAGCCGGUUCCAGCUCAACUGCAGAACCUACAGUUGCCUUUUCCGCACUCGCGCAAUGGUGUUACGAACAGGCUUUGACUGAUUUAUGCAGGUAUUUGGUCGGAUAAUUCUUUCGAAGUUAUGUGUAGGAGCGCUUUAUUAGCUUUUAAAGUGUGUGGAGUAUUUUAAAUAAACUAUAGUAUUAGUUUGGUCCCCUUGUGGGAAUAUGCAAGUAUUUUUCUCCAUGUCAUAUGAAAUAUUUUAAUAUAUUUAUUGGUUGGCUGU